AUAUAGUGAAAGCCUGUAUGACUACUACCCAAGGACAGGAAACAAGACCUCAUUUGUGCCUCUGAAACUCCACAUCUCUGUCCCUCCACCCAGAGGCAAGCAUUAUCCUAAUCUUCCUUGCCUUCUUUUGUGGUCUCAUCUCCUAGAGAUGCCCCUUGAAGAAGAGAGCUGUUGCUGCCCAUGUUUGCAUUGAGUAUGAGUGGGGUCACAUCACUCUCUGUGCCCAGCUUCUUUGGCUCCCCGUUAUAUCUGUUAGACCAACCGUGCAGCUGAAGUUUGCUCAUUUUAUUCCAUUUUUGGUUUAUAGGUACACAUACACGCCACUUAUUUAUGCAUUCCUCUGUUGAGGCAGAGCUGUGUUCUCCAGGUUUAAUGUUAUAAACAAUGUUGCUGUGAAUGUUUACAUGCAUGUUUCCGGGACCAACUGCUGGGUCACACAUUUUCAGUUUGACUAGAUACCAUCUCACUUUUUUCAGAGAUCGCUCCCAUCUACACUCCUGCCAGCAACAAAUCUUAAUGUUUUAUUGGAUGAAUAACUCAAUGACUAGAAAUUUGGCCACACCUGCCUCAUUUCCCCCGUGGCAUGCAAAUGUCCAUGCCAUAUUCUGCUUCGAGGACUCUAGAAGUCUCCGAGUGCUGUCCUCCUCCAAUAUCUCUUCCAGAUCUGUCUUACAACUUGAUUUCACCCCAAGGACUAGGGGACUGUCAUAGUGCCCUCUGUAACAGAUGAGGAAACUGAGGUCCAGAGCAGGAAUUUGAGAGGCUGGGUAACCUGGGGCCUUGGACUCCCUUUCUGGGGUCCCAUUGCUAGGAGACUUCCUGCAAUCCAGCCCACUUUGGGCAUCUCAGUUCCCUCCUUCUCUAGGCCCUCAGCCUCAUACAGCCCAAAUGAGAAUUCCCAAGGAAUGUGAGGACUAGGGGAGUGUGCGACCCCAGGAACAAAGUUGGGAGUGCUCUAAGAGAAGGCUGCUUCGGGCUGUGUGCACCCAAGCGAGAAGCCCUGAGCACCAGUGGCCCCACAGAGGCCAAACACACACAGCCUGAUCUGGGUUCAUUAUCCAGAUGGAAGCUCUUGUUCCCAAUGCCCUGACCCUUGGCACAGGCUCCUGGCAACAUCCCAUCUCACUGAUCUGUGCCCUCCUCCCAUCUGGGCACAAGAACCCUGUCUCUAAGAUUCAAUCGGGAUGAUGGACAAGGUUGUGCGCUCCUCAAGGGACCCUUGCAGUUCCUCCCCCAGAGCUAUUCCUGGCCUAGGCGCCUCCCUCUCCCUUCAGUCCCCCUGCCUGACCUGACCCCACAGCUGGGAACAUUUGCUUGGGGGUGGGGCAGCCCCCUGACUAUAUAAGACUGGACCUAGGUAGUCCCGGGCACCCUGGAAGCUCAGCUCCUCCAGUGCUAAUACCUGCACACUCCAGCUUGACCCUCCAGCAGGCACUGCAAUGACAGAACAAGCCACCUCGGAGGCCCCUGCCUGUGGUCUGGAGGAGACCGCCUCUGAAUCUGCACAUGUGCCCCCCACAGGGCCCUCUGGAGACACGGCAGCUCCACAGGCUCCUGGCGGGAAGCAGGCUCCCGGGGGAGAGCGGGCUUCUGAACCACAGGAGUCUGCCCCUCAGCCUCCUGAGCCCGAAGCGUCUGCAGCCCCCGCAGCCCCCACAGCCACUGACCCUGCACUUCCACGUGAAGAUGUCCCCAGUGCCCCGCUGCUGCUGGCCGUGGAGGAUGUGAGUGACAGCUCUGUGACUGUGAGCUGGGAGCCUCCAGAGAGCCUGGGGAGGCUGGGGCUCCAGGGCUAUGUGCUGGAACUCCGUCGAGAGGGAGCCUUGGACUGGGUGCCUGUGAAUGUCCGGCCCAUGAUGGUGACCCAGCUGACUGUGCGGAACCUGGCUGUAGGUGACAAGUUCUUCGUGCGCGUGGCUGCAGUGAGCUCUGCAGGGGCUGGCCCACCAGCGGUGCUGGAGCAGCUUGUCCACAUCCAGGAGACCAUCGAGGCCCCCAAGAUCCGUGUUCCCCGCCACCUUCGUCAGACCUACAUUCGCCAGGUGGGAGAGUCGAUUAACCUGCAAAUCCCCUUCCAGGGGAAUCCCAAGCCUCAGGUUUUGUGGACCCACAAUGGUCAUGCCCUGGACAGCCAGCGGGUGAGCGUGCGCACCGGGGACCAGGACUCCAUCCUCUUCAUCCGCUCAGCCCAGCGCUCCGACUCGGGCUGCUAUGAGCUCACUGUGCAGCUGAAAGGCCUGGAGGCCAAGGCAGCCGUCAACAUCCUGGUGAUUGAGAAACCUGGACCCCCCAGCAGCAUCAGACUGCUGGAUGUCUGGAGCUGCAACGCUGCCCUUGAGUGGACACCGCCCCAGGACACAGGCAACACAGAGCUCCUGGGCUACACAGUGCAGAAGGCAGACGAGAAGACGGGGCGAUGGUUCACGGUGCUGGAGCGCUACCACCCCACCACCUGCACCGUCUCCGACCUCAUCGUGGGUAACUCGUACUCCUUCCGAGUUUUCUCAGAGAACCUGUGUGGGCUCAGCGCCUCAGCAGCCGUCACCAAGGAGCUUGCCCACAUCGUAAAGACAGAUGUUGUUGCCAAACCCAAAAGCUUUGUUGAGCGAGACUUCUCAGAAGCGCCCUCCUUCACUCAGCCCCUGGCCGACCACACCUCCACCCCCGGCUACAGCACGCAGCUCUCCUGCAGCGUCAGAGCUUCACCCAAGCCCAAGAUCAUCUGGAUGAAAAACAAGAUGGACAUCCAGGGUAAUCCCAAAUACCGAGCUCUCUCUGAGCAAGGUGUCUGCACCCUAGAGAUCCGGAAACCCAGCCCCUUUGAUUCGGGAGUUUACACCUGCAAGGCCAUCAAUGUGCUGGGGGAGGCGUCUGUGGACUGCCGGCUGGAGGUGAAAGCCUCAGCCACACACUGAGGAGCCUCUGGUGGAAGCUGUGAAGAGGAGAAAGGUGCCUCAGGCCUGAGGGGUCAGGGUCACAAGGCCCAGAGUCGAGCGCCUCAGAGGCCCGAGAUCUUCACGUCAUAGUGACAGCUGAUGGCUUUGCUCCUUGGUACCUGCCUCGCCUCUGUCCCUCCACUGGGAGCGGGCCUAGCAGGCCCCUGGACAGGCUUCCUAGACACUAGGAGCCCUGGAAGGUGCAAAGAUCGGAGCCCUCCUGCAGAGUCAUAUGCUGGGUCGGAAGCACUUGAAUAAAGGUGUUUGGUGUUAUGGU